GGGUUACACAAAUAAAAUUCAUUCUUUUGGGUCCUGUACACCCGAGGGGUUCAUUCGGAUUUGCCAGACGCAUAUUAUCUACUAGUCACCGCCCACAUUAGGGUUCGAGUUUUGACGUUCAAUCCGUCGUCGUGUUCGUGGAGAAAUUGGGGGAAUCUUUGGAGGCCACAUUAGCUGCCAGUGCUACUUUCAACACAGCGGGUUGUUGCUACUGCCAACUGAAAAAAAUGGAAUCUUUGGAGUUAUCGGUCCGGGCGGAGUCACAUCAGGACAGAGGGUCACAAAUUCAAGGAGUCGUGAUACUGUUUAUUGUGUUAACUACACUGUCCGUUUGGAUGCGAACAUAUUGCCGAGCGGUUGUUAUCAAAAGUUUUGGUUGGGAUGAUACGCUUGCUGUUGUUGCUUGGGCAUUUUUUAUGGUAUAUUCUACAUUCGCCCUCUCGGCUGUAACUUAUGGAAGUGGUAAGCAUAUUUGGGACAUUCCAACUGAAGAUGUCCCAAUCGGUCUCAAGUAUUGGUGGCUAUGCGAGCCAGUCUAUGUCGUCUCCAACAUGGCCCUUAAGCUCUCUAUUGCAGUUUUCCUCCUGCGCCUUUCGAGCGUACCACUCCAUCGCUACAUCAUUCUCGGCACUCUUGUGAUGUGUGAAAUCGGUGGCAUCUUCUACUUUCUUGUCUUUAUAUUUCAAUGUCAGCCUUCAAACUAUUUCUGGACGAAGUAUACGGGCGGAACAGGAAAGUGUAUAAAUGCCAACGUUCCGGUCGAUGCGGGAUAUGCAUAUAGCGCUAUAACCUGCGCCACGGACUGGAUUUUGAGUUUGAUCCCGAUAUGGGUAGUGUGGAAUCUUCAAAUGACGCCUAGAGAUAAGAUCAGUGUGGCAAUUAUUCUAUCCAUGGGUGCUAUAGCCUCUACCGCAACCAUAGUUCGUAUUCCAUACCUUCACGAUCUUUCAAAUAUAGCCGAUUUCCUCUUCGCAACUGUCGAUGUAGCUAUCUGGUCAACUGUCGAAACAGGUAUCGGCAUUACGGCUUGUUCAGUCGCUACUCUACGUCCUCUCUUUCGCAAUUUCUUUGCACGCACCAGGCUUUUUGGUAGCUCGACUAAAGGUCCCAGUAACAUUAGCAAAAACUGGGGUGGGUAUGGAGAUGCUAAAAGCGGUGGAUACAUCAAGCAAAAAAGCCAGAACACAAAUUUGGGAGGUUCGAAAAUGGGUAGCACAGGAAGGGAUGCCGACGAUUGCAAACUCAGAGACGACAUUCCUUUAAACUCGGGUGUUACAACAACUAUUGCAACGGGGAAGCAGAACGCGACUAGCGAUGUCUACGAUUUUUCCUCGGAUGAACAAUCACAGCAUCAAGAUGAUGGGAAACCGCAUGAGAUCGAUUUAGAACUUGGAAACCCUCGGGGAAAGCCACAUAGCAAGCGGAUAUCUAAGCAUGUAGGCAAAUUCAGUGGAGGGAAAGGGGCAAAUAGAGACACAAGCGAUGCGAGGAGUCUCAGUAGCGAAGAGGAUUCUGUUUGGGGAAUGGGCAUCACGAAGACGACCAAUACAAAAAUCAGCAGUGUUCGGAUGAGUAAAAUACAUGGGGGCAAAGGAUCGUCAGCAUUAUAGUACCCUUUUGGUUUGGGUUGGCGAUGUAAGAUUAUAAUAUAAUGAUGAUGAGCAGAUACCUCGACAGGAUCGAAUUGGACUUAACUCUACGAAUUUUGAUACAAUAAUACAACACCAUUAGACCGACUGCGAAGUCAUUGCCCGUGAAGCCUGUGCGCCUUAUAGUUUCA